UCAUCAUCAACUCCACAGCCAUAAUUUUUUUUAUUCCAAAACAAAACCCCAUUCCCCAUUUCUUAAUAACUUCACUCUUCUUUCCUUAGCUUUCCUUCAUCUCCUCCCUUUCUUUAUCAUCAUUUCCCAUGAACUCUUAGCCUUAAUCUAAUCUCAGAUUCUUAAAGACCAAAACUUAUUUAUUGGUAUUUCAUCAAAUUUAAAGAGAAAAACCAAAAGCUAGCAAAGGCCCGCAGCUAGCUAGCUGUUAAUUAAGCUCAGACCCACUGUUUGGUGUUUAGCAGAUUAUGGAUUUAAGCAACAAUCAUCCCGCCACCGCAGCUGCGGCCGCCGCCGUCCCUCAAGAAAAAGAAACUCCGCCUGCUGCCCGGAUCCCGGCCGCCGUUAAGCCGUUGUCGUUUAGCAGCAACGGCGUGCUCAAGCGCCACAAUUCCCUCCACCGCCACCACGCCGUGGUGGUGGUUUACAAGGAGUGCCUCAAGAAUCACGCCGCCACUCUCGGUGGUCACGCCGUCGACGGUUGCGGGGAGUUCAUGCCCUCCCCCACCGCCACUCCUGCCGACCCUACCUCCUUGAAAUGUGCCGCCUGUGGGUGCCACCGGAAUUUCCACCGCCGUGAGCCGGAGGAGCCGCUGCAGCUCCCCAGCGCCCUGCCCGCUCUGGAUUACCAACCCCAUCACCGCCACCACCCGCCUCCGCCGCCGCCUCACGAGAACGGAAGCCCGAAUUCGUCAUCUCCGCCGCCUAUCUCUUCAUCGUACUACCCGUCCGCGCCGCAGAUGCUGCUCGCUCUCAGUACCGGCCUGUCGGCCGGACACCCUACAGACAACAUUACCCCCAUCUCCGCCGCGGGGAACUCUGCUUCUGCCGUCCCGGCAGCGCAUUUGAAGGGGAGAAAGCGCUUCAGAACGAAAUUCUCCCAAGAUCAGAAACAGAGGAUGAUGGAAUUCGCCGAGAGGGUGGGGUGGAGGUUCCAGAAACGAGACGAGGACGUCAUCAACCAUUUCUGCCGCGAAAUCGGAGUGGAGAGGGGCGUUUUAAAGGUCUGGAUGCAUAACAACAAGAACACCGUCGGUAAGAGAGACGGCUCCGGCGGGUCUGCCGGCGCCGGCGCCAACAACGAGAACGGAUUUGACAUCGGUGGUAUAAAUUGUCACAAUUUGGACCCGGCCCCACACGCCGCCCGAUUCAGCCUUCGUCAAGAAAGCAACAGUGACAGCCAAAAUCACUACAGUCUCCAUAACAGCGACGCUCUUGCCGCUAAUGGGUCGUCUUCCUCCUCCUGAUGAGUUUCCCGGCGAUGAAACCAGAGAAUAAAAAUUAAAAACAAAUAAAAAAAAAGCUCUUUAGGAAAAUUGCAAACCCAGUAAUGUUUCUUUCUUAGCUCUUUCAUUUUGACUGUUCUGAACUGAGUAGCAGUGUUCAUUAAACUUCGAUGAUAAUGACGGAAAAAAACUGCAAACAGCGAUUUUUAUUUCUUUGUUCUUCAAUAUCGCCCUGACUUGUAAAUUAUACCCUUAGUUCCCUUUAAUUUGAUCAAAAAUCAAAUCUUUUCCAGUUUUCCUGCUUCUUCAGGCUGCCAUUGGAGUCAGGAUAUAUGGCUUAACGGUUCCGGUUAAGCACAUUACCGGCAAACUGUUUCAAUGAAAAACGUCUUUGUUCUUUUCCGGGUCAAUUAUUAUGUUAAGAACUUGUCAGAUUUGAUUGGAAAUAUUGUUACUUUAGUAGGUCAAUAAUGGUGGUUUUAUUUGCCAUUAGAGAGAUUGUUAAUGAGGUCUUAAAGUGUAAUCAACUGACAAAUAUAGUAGUUUAUGAAGUAGAUUUGCUAAUUAGUUAAAUGGUAGACAUAAUUACAUGCUCGCCAAAAGGUAGACCAAAUUGAAUAAAUUGAUGAUGUACCAAAAUCUGAUAUUACCCUUUUUUUAAAUCAUUUGGAGGGUUGUAUCAUGUGGGGAGGUUGUUGUUUGGUGGGUAGUCUCAGAUUAAGAAAAUGAUUAUCAACGACUUGACAUUGAAAUGCAAAAA